AGGGAAAGAAAUCAUAACGUUAACGGUAAACACUGGAAAGGUAACUGGCAGUGUGGGCAGGCAGUGAUUCCAAAUCGCGUAACGUCCACUGUCGACGUGUUUUAUUUAGAUUAUGACCCGAUAACGCCGACAUUUGUGGGAUUUAAGGCUGUCGGCUGGGGGACGGGGUUAUAUCGAGCUGAAGAACCCGACAUGGGUUAGAGUAUCGCCGAGACCAGGCUAGCUGUGUCAGAUAUUAGCCCAACGGUCAUAACCGCCACUGAGGAUUUUUCCAGAUGUGUGAUGGCGGGAAUCUACGAUGAAGGCGAGAAGCGAUAGCAAGCUGCUAAUUUCCCUCAUAUAAAGGAAUGGGACCCGCACUGAGAAAACCCACCUUUCCGAGACUGGACCACCUGGAGAUUCGAGUCUGUGCAGCUCUGUGUAGCUACAUUCUGCUCUUUUACCAUUAAAGAAAAGGCAGAGAAUCUGAAACGUAGCACCUGCUUCGCGUCAUCAUUUCCCUACCUGCUACAGCACACCUACCAGGCCAGAGUAUGCCAUCUGCACAAACCCACAGAAUUCUACGACCCCUUCUGCUUGGUACCUUCUUACUGGGCUGCUUUGUGACUUUGUUUUUGAUGUACCUCAAACCGUCCACCAGCUGGUUGUCGGGGCCUGUUGAAUCAGAAACCUCCACUGCCCGAGUGAAGAGCCUGCUGUCCAACAGAAGCGAACAGGACCAGACCACGGUGCUUGUUUGGCUUUGGCCGUUUGGAGAAACGUACGACCUGAAUGUCUGCAGCGCGCUGUUCAACAUCGACGGCUGCUUCAUUACCGCCGACCGGAACCUUUACAACAAGUCCGAUGCCGUCGUUAUUCAUCACAGGGACAUCAGCACCGACCUGUCCAACAUGCCACCGGCUUAUCGGCCUCCGCUUCAGAAAUGGAUUUGGAUGAACCUCGAGUCGCCCUCACACUCGUCUCAGUUACCCGGGAUUGAAAACUUGUUCAAUCUGACUCUGAAUUAUCGGCAGGAUGCCGAUAUCGAAGUGCCUUACGGAGCGAUCGUCGCGGCCCGAAGAGAGGAGCAUUUCGUGCCCCCGAGCAAGAACAAGUUGAUUUGCUGGAUCGUGAGCAAUUGGAACCCAGAUCACGUCAGAGUGAAGUACUACAACGAACUGUACAAACACAUUGAGAUUCACGCGUACGGGCAAGCUUUCGGUGAGUACAUAUCUGACCAGGACUACUUCCCCACUAUCGCCAGCUGUAAGUUCUACUUGGCGUUUGAGAACUCGAUUCACAAAGACUACAUCACAGAGAAACUCUACAACCCUCUCUCUGUCGGCACGGUGCCCGUCGUCCUGGGCCCACCGAGGGAGAACUAUGAGAAUUUCGUGGAGGGCGACGCCAUCAUCCACGUUGACGACUUCUCCUCCCCGAAAGAGCUGGCCGAGUAUCUCCUGUUUCUGGACAAGAACGAGGAGCUCUACCUGAGGUACUUUGACUGGCGCAAACACUUCAAGGUCAAGAAAGCCUAUUUCUGGGCCGAGCACACAUGCCUUGCUUGCGAUUACAUCAGACGACACAAUGAGUACAAAGCAUUUAAUAAUCUUGACAAGUGGUAUUGGGGUUAAUCCGCACGCAGAUAUCUAUCCACGGAUAUCUGACGUUCAGCUGAAGUAACGGUCGGCACCGAGAUCUCGAUUUAACUCAGUUCGGAGGAGGGUCUGCCGUAAGCCACAUAAAUUGCCUGGUUUUAUUUUUGUAAAAUGUAAAUGUUAACUUAUUUUGGUAGUCUUACUUUACACCAUCCUCCAUAUUUAUUCAUUUGAAUGCAAAGAACGUAUUUUAUUAUGUGACGACUUUUGCUACUGUGUUUUUUUCUUACUGCCUUCUUAUUUAACAUACGGUCUCAUUAGAAACGUCAAAUGUGAUACAAAACGGCAUUCCACGUGCACAUGCUGUGUCUGUUAUUGGGAGUGACUACACUGCAACAGAGAAAAUAACGAUGUAAUUGUUGACUAUGAAAUAUUUGCGUAUUAUUUAUUUCGUUCUUAUGUUGUGUAGAUGUUAGUACUUGUCGGUCAUCUAUGCAGUGUUUACAGAACUGUGUAUAGUCCAUCUGCUGUAUUGUGUCUGUUCAUUUUGGACAAAUCUGCCUUUCGUUUUUUUUUAUUUUCCAUGGUACUUACUUGCACAGCCAUAUGAGCGGCUCACGAUCGACCAACCCGAAGCAUUGCUGCAGUGAUGCGUCGUGCAACACUGUCUUUACUUUUUGAUCGACCACAAGUUUUCAUUGCCAGCGAGAGUGUUUUACCGCGUCCGUUACGGCAGGAACACUGGGAAGGCCUGGGAAUGCACCACUGUACUGUAAAUUUCAUCCUCUGAAAUUUUUAAAGUUACAUUGUUAUCCUUUAUCUAACAGAUGGUAAAAUGUUCAAUGGAGAGCACAAGUCCAGUAUACAUAUGGCAAUAUGUGGGACCGCAGCAUUCACACGCAUGCAGAUAAUCUUUCAGCAAAUGCUACCAUAUGGGUUUGGCCAAGUGCAUGAUCAGUCCAUGUUUUCGCUGUGUUUUUGGGAAGAGGGCAGGAUUUUUCCCUCUCGUUUAGGUCUAGAGAUUCAUUGUAGAUACUGUUUUGCACAUAUAUCAAAGUCAAUGGGGGGAGACUAGUCCUGUGUCGAAAUAAGCUUAGCCAACUUGUUCAGUGCCAAAGGUUCCCAGAAGAGAUAAUGAAAGACUAUAUUUCUGGAAUGAUAGCAUGAUAAAUGGAAUCCGGAAAGCCGUAUGGAGACUUUACAGAGGAAUAAUAUCUUGCUUUGUAUUGUGGGAAGCAAAGCGCAUGCCAAAUGGCGUGCUUUUGGCUCCUUAACCGGCCGAGAGAGUGAGUGUUAUUCAGACGAAAGUGAUUUUUGCUCACCAAUAGUGCUCAUUAGAUGUGAUCCGGAAAGCCGCCCCCAGGUCAGCGGAGCUUUUUGGACAUGUAUUUUCUUUGUCUGCGAAUGAGUUACGCUCUGAGCUGAAUGCAUUAUGAGGUUCAGUUGUCUCUGUUUCAUCACUGAGAACAUGCCUGUGCUUACUUUUAUUUUCUUUCCACUGGAAAAAAUGGUGCUUCACUUUAUAUGAUUCAAAUGAAAAAGACGACAAUUAUGCCGAUGUAACAUAUUUUAUUCGUAAGCAGCCGCAUUUGAAUCAUGUACACACCAUUUCGUUCAGUUUUCUUGCAUUCUUGAGUGACUUCACACCGAAGGUGACGCUGGUUUUGAAGUGCUGUAGGUGACCGUCCACGAUAUUCUCUAUUGCUCUUGUGAUCAAAUGUGAAUUCAACAGAAACCGGACCUUUUUUGUUUCUUUAGUUUUUUUUUUGAGAAACACAAAACCGGCGUUGUUUAACGAUACAGCUUUUUCUUAUGAAUCUUCAGUGUUCGUUCAUGCAGAGUCAGCUGCGACCACUCUGUACGUACUGUAAAUAGCUGUUUGAGGGUCUCUGACCUAUAGCUGUUGGAUACUGUGAGGACGUAGCGAAUGCACUGAAACGUGAUGAAUAAAGUAGGCCUUCAGCGAGGGGCCCGUCUCAGAGGACGCAAAACGGAGGAGAAGAAAAGUCUACUGUGAAAGACAAAGCGGACCGUGCAACGGAGAGGCCAUCCUCCUCCGGCAAAGGCAGCGUUCCCAAGGAAAAUGUGGAUAGUUUGAGGAUUAGUGCUAAUCCUUUUGACACUAUCAGACUGAUGCCUUCCAGAGGAAAUUCAUCUGAGAGUUGGCAUUUACACCUAUCCUGGACUGUGUGAUUCACGGCAACAGUGGCUGCUCUCAUAGCGAAUAAGUCUCAGAAGUGACUCGACGCUAAGUGUGAAGAAAAACGAGUGAAGAAGCUUUUAUUUAUGGUUUUGUUGUUGUAUAUGUACAAGUUUCUUUUGUGAAGCAGCUUCAUGGGACACAUUUGUACUGUAUCAUUGUUCUCUAUCUCUUUAUCUCUCUCUCUCUCUCUCCUCCUCUCUGUAUUUCUCUCUCUCUCUCUCUCUCUUUGCACAAACUUUCGCUGUGAACUCUUCGUUCCCUUUAACAGUCUUUGCAUUUCGACUGCGUUAGUGGUGUGUGUUUCUGACUCAGUGCCCCCGCUGGAUCGUACAUGUAGGCCGGUGACACAGAGUAUUUUCUCUAUGCAUUAUGGACUCCCGUCGGAAAUGACCUACAUUCUCCACGUGCAAACGGACUGGAACAUCUUUUGAGCUGAUCGCUGCAAAAUACUCUGCCAAAACAUUGUUUGCCAAAUGAUUUACUGUAGAUGUCUGUUAGUGUCAUGAAAAUAAAGUGACUAAAUUAAA